AUGAACCGAGAAACAAGCACAUCACCCGAUAUACAUAGUGGUGAUAAACCCGGGCCGGCCAAGUCAAGACCCCCAGCGCAUAUACAACAAAGACCGACUUCUAGCCCAGAAGACACGUGGUUUGCGAUCAAGGAUAUAGUAGACGAGAGGCUCAAGAAGAAGCAGCUCUGGUACAAGGUGGACUGGGCCGACAACAUUGCAACGGGAGAGAAGUACGAACCAACUUGGAUCCCCGCAGAAGACGCCAACGAGGAAGCAGUCGAGGACUGGGAGCGUGUAAAGAGGAGGCGCAAGCUUGGAACCCAGGACUCGAGCCUCGACAGCCAGCCCGUACAACUUCCAAAUUGGCGAGCAAAGCGACGUACAGAUGGAAAUAUUGUGAAUUCGGGGAGGAACUCUGCUUCAGGAACUACUGGACAUCAACGGCAGUUUGAAGGAACGAGAACGCUCUCCUCUCAGGAAACCGCAGAUGCCUUGCGCUCAUCUCCCGAGCCUCAACUCUCACACAGCCCUGAUCUCCCCGCAAUCAAUCAGGGCAACCGGAUUGUCAUCGAACUGUCGAAUCCGUCCCGCCUAGAUCUGUCCGAGUACGUUCCUGUUACCUCAUCACAGUUGUCGGAAUACACCGCUUCACAAGGCCUCCAUCAGCCAGGUGCGUCGUGCGAUCCUCAGUCUACACAGCAAGCUGUUGUAUCGCAGAGGACCAUACCUGAUUCACAGGACUUUUCUGCUUCAGAACCCUCCGCUGAAGCCUCCAGUGGUCCGAGGUCAAGUGAAAUACUUGAAGCUGUUCGAUACGGUUCGCAAAUCAACCUUUCCAGAGCACAGGCCCCCGGGAUUGCAGUAGCUGAAGCGGAGUCAGCCAGCGAUCAGCAACAACGAAACUCAAACCAAGAAUCCUCUGGUAGUGCCAUUCCUUCGCAUCAACCUGGCGGAUCGCUAUCAGUCAGAGGCUUAGAGACGACGUCGGAAGAUCCUCAAGCAUCUUCUCUACCGUCAAAUACGAGCACAACGCCAAGUGGUCUACCGCGACCACAGCCGCAAGGAUUGUCUGUUGAGGAGGGAGAGCUUUUCCACUUUCAGACACAGCCUGACUUUCAGCUCAACUUGACACCUACACUGGAACCUGAGUCUGACUCUCAGAGAGCGUCAAACACCAGAAGGACAGAUCCUGCGGUGCGAAACGCCCUUCCAGCUGCUUCAGAAUCAGCGACACUUCCUGAAGCGGCUGCCCACUCUGCGCAGCUCAUCCGUCCCCUUCAUAGCCAACCCAGUGAAGAGUUCCAGUCUCAGUAUUUCUCAGGUCUCGGCCUUGACAGCUCUGUGGACCACAUCAUCCCAGAGACUGUCCACAAGCCCAGAUACGUCUCGCCACCUCAGCAGCAUUCAGCUUUAUUUCCGUCCGCAAGUAUUGUUGAUAGCGUCGAGAAGGAAGAUUAUCAAGGAGAGGAACACCGCAGUCCAAGGCAUUCGCCAUCCAACAGCCUCCAUCCAGACAUAGAAGACGAGCUCAGAUCCGCAUCACCAGCUACCCCAGAACUUUCCAGUAUGGACGGCACUUCAAGGAAUGCGACCCCAAGGUCUGCGGUUGAUGAGCUCAGAGAGGCCCAAGCCUUGGCUUUUGCGCGCGGCAAUACUGGACUUGGGUCAGACCAAGGGGUCGAGAGCAGCGGUGAACAACCCAUUGUGUCGCCCUCUAUUGCUUUCGCUGGUGAAGGUGAAGGAAUCUUGGGGCUGGCUGCUGGUGAAGUUUCUCACCCAGACACCCAUCAUACCUGGCAGCAAGACUCUGAGAUGUCCCAGGCAAUGGAUAUAAACCCUGCAGACAUCUCGAUACGGCAACCUGCAGCAGAUUUUAUUACACCGGGAAAAGUUCCAUCUGGAGGCGGAGAUUUCGGUAUCGAUUUCGCCUCAUCAUUACAACCUUCCACUAAUGAGAAUCUGGAAUCGACAAACGACGAGCACCUAGUCUCCGGCACGAUAGCCCCGUCGGCGCUUGUGACAUCGACCGAGUUUGACGCCAUCCCGAUAACAUCGUUACCAGGCGACGACUUCGCUGGUGUUGAGACUGUGGAGCAAGCCGUGGCAGACAUGCUCCCCGGGUCCGAGUCGCCAUCGUCAGACGACGAUCAGGUGGCAUCUCUAGACAACCUGGUCACUCCGAUACCCGCCGCACUGAACGAGUAUGUCAUCACGUUGCCACUUGCGGCAAACCUUCGGCCACAGUACCUAGAAAAGAUCACAGACAACAAGCGCAUCAUCGAAGCGUUCACAGAGGUCUUCAACAGCGACGAGCCAAAGGAUCCCGAGGACUCACUAGUCGCUGGUAUCAACAAUGUGUUCCAGUCGCUGCUUGACAUUGGCGACUUUCCCGCCUUUGUCGACAGCCUGCCCUCGAUGUCCAAGGAGGAGAUGAAGAAGCACGCCACAGGAACGAAUAGCAAGUUCUCGUUCGUCUACGAACUCCUCGACGGGCUGCGCGACAUGCCGCUCCAGGUACUAUUCUUGUCAAGGCCCGGUCGUAUCGCCGACUUUAUCGAGGCUAUUGUAGCCACAGAGGGUUUCAAGUAUCAGCGGCUCGGUGAUGAGAGUUUUCUGCAGAGUGAGGAUGCGGGGAGCCCGCUGUCGGUGAUUAUCGGCAGCACGGACGCCGAUGCCUCUCAGCUUCCUUCGGAAGUUGAUCUUGUCAUUGGUUUCGACCAGGCAUCGCGGGUGUCUGGCCUGCUCAAGCUGUACGCCUCGGACGACCAGUUCAACGGCGCGCCUACGGUGCUGUCCUUGGUCGCUACCCAUUCGGUAGAGCACAUCGACCUGAGGAUAUCCAAGAGCCUAGAUGCGUUGGAACGCAAAAAUGCACUUCUCAUAUCCACGGUGCAGUCACGGCCGCUCAUCCUUGACCCUGAACGGGGAUACCCAGAGCCCCAUGAGGCAGCCGAGAUUUUCAGCAGAUACAUCCGAAACCCAACCAACGACUUUGACUGGGAGCCCCAGCCCAUCCCUGACGACAUCUUUGAUGUCUACCUGAGCUCACAGGUGCCUCAACAGGCUACUCAAGAGCAGAUGCUGCGGCCGGAGCAAGACACGACUCGGGGCACCAGUCGUAAGAGGCUAUUGGAUGAGAAUGAUGCUGCCGAAGGCACACCGAAACGCGCGCGGAUCAGUGAGUCCGCGGACCGCGCCGGCUUCAAGUCACCCAUCCACCUCAGCGAGGCACUCCUAGCAGCCCUUGGAGGAUCGUUGUCUAUCAAGGGCCCCACCGUAGAGAUCUCUGUCGACCAACUUGAAGCCAUGGCCAUCAAGAUUGAGCAGCUGCAGACCCGUCUGCAAGAAAAGGACGUGUUUGAAGAGCAGCUGCGCGGCAAGAUCCGCAGCCUGGACAGCCAGGUCAAGUCGCACGAGAAGACGGCGCGCAAGAUCCAGCCCAAGUACAUGCAGGCGCUGCGCGACCGCGGCACCUUUGAGCUCGAGCGCGACGCCGCCGUCAAGAAGGCCGAGGCGGCCGAGGCCAAGAUCGAGGCGGGCCGCGCCACGGCCGCCAAGCUCAGGGAGGACGUCGCGGCCCUGACGGCCAAGCUCGCCGACGCCAACAAGGCCCUCGCCUCGUCGGACAACCCGGACCUGGCGCGCCUCGCCGCGGCGGACGAGCAGCUCCGGCAGGCGGUGCAGCGCGCCGAGGCCCUCGAGCGCAAGGCGGCCUCGGCGCAGACGGACCUCGACUACGCGCGCUCGGCCUACCAGAACGCGUCCAACUCGGCCGCCGACCUGGCCGCCGAGAACCGCGAGCUGCAGGCGCGCGCGCGCGACCUCGAGCAGCGCGCCUCGCGGAACCUGCUCGAGGUCCACCGCGUCAACCACGCCGCCGAGGUCGACGGCCUGCGGCGCCUGUGGCUCGAGCACCAGGCCAUCGCGCGCGAGCGGGAGCGCGACCUCGAGCGCGCGCGCGAGGAGCUCAAACUGCUCAAGAACGGCCGCCGGGAGACGAGGGCCACGAGCGUGCCGCGUAGCCCGCGGCUCGGGAUGAUGAGCCCCCGCACCGUGGCGGGCGGGCGCGCCGCGGGCCUGCCGUCUAGCAGGGGCACGAGCCCCGUGCCGUACGACGGGCCCGGAGGAGGGGGUGCCGCCGCCGCCGCCUCUGGAGGCGGUGGUGCGCCGCCGCCGGGGAUGCCGCCGGGCAUGGCCUACUUCAAUCAGCCGGCUGGGAAUGGACGGUGGGGGCACCUGCGGGAUUGA